CUUAGGUGCCCAAGAAGUACUGCAUCUCAAUGUUCCUUGUUCAAACCACUGCCUACCUAGCACAAAAAAAAUGGUAACCGGGCAACCGCUGUAAUAGAAUAGAUCAAAUACAAUGCUUGUUUACACGUUGCCAUAGCAACCAAUCUGCUUGUUCCGCUGUCAUACUGCGAGGAUUAUGAAAACACAAAAUAAUAUCUGAACUUAACCUAAAACAGAUCAAUAAAGGGUAAUUUUAAGUGAGCACGCGAUGUCUGAGCUUAAGAUAGUAACACAAAACAGCAAAGAUGAAAUGAUUGAAAAGGAUAGAGAAGUUUCAAAUCAUGAAAAAAAUACAGUUUCAAGCUUGCAAUCCUUGAAGGUUGAAAGUAAAACCAAUAUAAAAACUAGUAAAAAUAAUAGCAAGUCCAGCAAAAUAACCAUCCAAAGUAAAAGCGAAGAACUAAAGACCGAAAAUGUCAUUGUUAGCUCAAAUAUUUCCUUACCUGAAAGUAAAACUAACAUAGCAAACACAGCAGAACAAAGUAAUAUAAAUACACCAAGACAUGAUUUAGAAACGAUUUCGGAAAAAUCAAGCAUAAGUAAGGAUAUUAAUGAGAAAAUUGACAAAUCUGAUAAAAAUGAUGCAAACGCAUCGGAAAAAAUUAUCAAAUCUGAUAAAAAUGAUGCAAACGCAUCAGAAAAAAAGAUUACUGAUGAAAAAAAUACAGUGAGUUCAGUAAAAAUAGUAUCCAUUGGAAAUAUUAAAGAAAAGUUGGAUGAAAGUAAAAAAACUACUUCAUUACUUACAAACAAAGACGCUCCCAUAAUUAGUAGCAACAAAGAUAUAAAUAGAAAGAGCGAAACCAAAGGUGAAACCAUAAGCUUGACUGAACUUUCGGAUAAAGAUGAUUCUUCUUCAGAAUCUUCAAAAAGUAUCGCUAUGGAACCAAGUCAAGAGAUUGAGUCAUCUCAAAAACAGAAAUCUCUUACGGAACCCUUACAGCCAGUACCUACCAUACCUGCACUUCCUAGUUUAUUGAUCGAUAGAGAAGACUACAUGCAGCAGUACAGAGAGUUGUCGAUGGAAAAACAUGUGCAGCAAAUCAAAAACAAUAUAUUACACAGAAAACUAGCUGAAUAUUAUAGGAAAAGGAAACUGGAUCAUGUGUUGAAGCCAAUGGAGGUAUCCCUGGACUUGGAAGAAAAAUACCACCAAAAACUUUUUGGUUAUGAGGAAUUAAAGAAUAAACAAGAGAAGGAUAACUUAGAUAUCGCUAGCAAACUGGACGCAGUGGAAAAAGAUUGUGAUGAACGUUUGAACGACGCACAAACAGCAUUCGAAGAGCUGAUCCACCAUGAGCGAACCACCGGGACAGGACUUAUUUAUUCCAACAAAGGAAAACCUAUAUCUGAAAAGACAGUAGAACGCUUCUUGAGCCUUCAGCAGAAGAAGGCAGAGCAGUGCUCUGCUCUCCGUCUUCGCUAUGUGAGAGCUAGAAAUGCUGUAUCUGAGUUACAAACUGCUGUGACUGAUUUAGAGAAAAUCGGUUCCGGACUGUAUGUAGCUCAGUAUGAGCAGCUGUGCAUAGAUCAUCAGAAUUUAGUUAGCAAGAUUGAAGAACGAGACGACGAGUUGAUAAAAAACCGUACCAGAUGCUCCGAACACAACCAAAUCUUGGCUCAUAUUCGAGAGAAGAUGCAUCACACUGACGAGGUCAUUGACUUUAGUGAGGGAGAUCUCGGAGAUACGGAGAUGGUACUUUUGCAGGCUCGAGAAGAACUUGGGACUAUUAAGAGUCUUCGAGACAAUCUGCGCUGGUCGCUUGAGAAUGAGGCGAGCAAGGCAGGUCUUCUGACUCGUAAGGACUUACUACGUGACUACCAAAACUCUAUUGAUGAGGUUUCCAUUUUGCGAGAAAAGAAAAUGUAUUUAGAAGAUUCAAUUUCACGGAUAAUUGAAAAAGUACGCAACAUUCGUAGGCAUAUGCUCGAAGAAUCUUACCGCUUACAGAAAAAUCGCACCCCUUCGGAAGACACUGAAGAAUUCUUCAAAUUGUAAGAAAUACAUAAAUAGGUCACACAAUUUCUACAACUUAAUAAUGCUAUGGGAACGCCGGACAAUAUUUAGGUAGGUUCUUUAUUUUAUUAAAUGUUAGCUUUUGUUUGAUUUGUUCUACAUAUGUUUGAAAUAAAAGUAUUGUUUAGAGUUAUA